AUGCAAGGUAAGGCUGUGUACAUAAGGCCCAUAGUGGUCUGGCCCUUCCGUGGGGGAGCUCAGAGGAAGAAAAACAGCCUCUUGCAGAAACGCAAGGCACCGAAAAUAUGUCUAAACUGCGGUGACAAAGGAUUCUCGAAUGCCUUCAUUCAUUGCAUUGGCUGUCUUGAAGUUGUUGUACAUCGCUACUGCCUUGACAAAGUCACCUUCACUGAAUUCGUCCCUUGGCUGUGCGAUGAUUGCAAGGAGAAUGAAAUCACUAGAACGACGAAUUCUGAUGCUGUCCAACCUGUAACUGCUUUGGUACAACAUAGCCAUGUUGUUGAUGAUCCUAUUUGGAGGGGUUGCUAUAACAUAUGGAACAAAAAGUAUAACGUUGGCGGAGUUGUUGCUCACCUCUCCGACAAAGCUAGUCAAGGUGUUGCUGAAACAGCAAAGCUACUUCCACUUCACCUUCACUUUGAAAUGGUUUCAAAAGACGACUUAUGGCCUAUGUAUUUCAACAAACCAGAGGCUAAUGUCGAUGACAUUGAGUUGUUUUUCUUCCCCUCGGAGGAAAGACACCAGGAUGAAUUUGAUAGUAUGGUUCAAGAUAUGAUUGGUGGAGAAAAUGCUCUACGAGCAUUAACACCCUACGGGGAGCUAUUGGUUUUCACAUCUACAGAACUUCCCCUGCGUCACUGGAGAUACCAACGAAAAUGCUACUUAUGGGGUAUUCUCAGAGAGACACAGGAUUCUAGUAGCCGUCAACUGGUACCAAACAGGAAUCAAACUCCUGACAAUGUUUUGGCUGCCAGAGAUCCUGUGAACGAUAGGGCCCCUAUUGAGGACGAUGCACAGGUUGUGACAGACGAGUUGAGAAGAGGAAACAGGAUCAGAAAACCAACUGCUAGAUUUGAUGACUAUAUAUGA